CCUGAACAAAUUGACACCCUGAUCUAAGUCGUUACGCACGCACACGCCCACACACGCACAUUUGCUGGAGUGUCUCCCGUUCCGCGUAAAGACUCCAUCUGUGUCCAGUGCACGGAUUAGACGCUCAUUAUCCUCUUAACUCUAAAUACCCCCCUCCCUCCCUCUCCUCUGUUUCCAACAAAUCUGUUUCCCAGGACUUGCAUCGGGAACCUGACACGACAGCGAGAUCCGCGCGUAAACAUGCUCGUGUCCACCGUCCUGUCGCGUUAGUCUUUGCGCUUUUACGUGCGAACCGUGGGGGCAGCCCACUCCACUCUAUGUCGGCUCGGCAGCGGGAACUGUGUCAGUCCGUGCGUGCCUCAGUGUCCAGCCCACUGAUCUUUUGCAGAGCUAAUCUAAUCACCGUCGUAGCUGCCCUGCUCUUCCUGGUCGGUUUCUGUUCGCCUCUGAUUGGCAUUUGCGUCGCCGAAAAAAAAAAAAAUAUAUAUCGGUUUCCACUAAGAAAAAACAAAACAAACAACAACAACUCCCCCACCCCCAAAAAACAAACAAACAAAAAACAACAACAACAAAAACAAAAUAACAAACAAAAAGUUUAAUGUCCAGUCGGAUAAAUGUUAUAGAAUGUUAUAGCGAUAAUUAUGCGAUAAAAAUUUGACCGUUGGAACUCUGGACAACACGAAGACAUGGACUCCAGCUGUCAGGACAGGAGACUUCAUUAUUUUCUGCUCUUGGUUAUUUGGUCUUCCGGCGUUUGUGUCUGUGCCAGAGGAACAAAUGUUCGAAGAUCUGAUCGUUUGAGUCCUCCGUUGGACAUCCAGCUGGAAACACUUAACUGCACAGCCUUCAGGGUUCAGUGGAAGAUGCCCCGGCGACAUGUCAGUACCAUUAGUGGGUAUAAGGUUUUCUACACUGAGAUCAGGAACGGUCAUCCACUGGGAUCUGCACAUUUGUGGGAGGUGCCUCUUGGCUUGGACAUACUGACUACUGGACAGUUUGAGGGACAAGCCAGCUUUGAUGUGGACAUUGGAAACCUAAAGGUGAACACUAAGUACAGAGUCAGUGUUGGAGCAUACGGCUGGGCAGGGGAGGGAAGACCAAGCAUGCCCAGGGACAUCAGCACUGCUCCACAUGAGAUGUGUAUGCCACCAUCCCCUCCGUCUCAGCCUGUUGUCAUGGCGGUAUCUGACACAGAGCUGGCGUUGUCAUGGCAGCCUGGAGAGAGUGAGGGAAGCUCAUCUGUCCUUCACUUCCUGGUGGCUUACAUCAGGCCUGAAAUGGACACCGAGUGGACGUACAUCCGUGAGCCCAUCGAAACCAACUCCAUGGUGCUGAAGGGGUUAUUACCAGAAACUGAAUACCAGUUUGUUGUCAGGGCUGUCAACGUGCAUGGAGUCAGCCCACCCAGCUACAUCAACAAUCCUGUACACACUUUGGGCACCUCAGAGGUCAGCAGUGGGGAUUAUGGCCUGUACAUCACAAACUCUGAAGUCAGAGAUGAAGAUGGCUUCGAUAUUGAUGAUUCAGAUUAUGAUAUUUACAUGGCAGAGAUGAGUCCAUUCUCCGGUAAUGGUCCAAGCAACGAGAAAUCUUCACACCGUUCUCAUUCGGAUUCACUAUCUGCUCCAAAUGUUAUUUAUCGUACGAACACUAUGCCGCCCCCCAGCUCUGCUGCCCCAACUCUGUCCCACACAACGACCACAACGUCUGUUCUACAGGACUUGAAAGAUCUGAUCUUCUCUACAUCUUCAGAGUCCAUUACAACACCAGACACCACGACUAGUGCCCCUCUCACUACCACCAGAAUUACUUUGCCUACUACCACCACCACCCCAACCAAGUCACCUUGGAAAGGUGAUGUGCCCCGCAUCUACGACCUGACCUGUGAUGAUACUGUGUGCCCCCCCAACAGCUUCUGCCUCGGUGAUCACGACACGGGAGGCUCACGCUGCCACUGUAACCUCGGGCGAACGGGAGACACUUGCUCUGAGGUGAUGGCAGUCAAGUUUCCAAGGUUCUAUGGCUACUCUCACAUGACCUUUGAACCCUUGAAAAAUUCCUACCAGAGCUUUCAGAUAACUUUGGAGAUCAAAGCUGACUCUGAGGAUGGUCUGCUGUUUUACUGUGGGGAAAAUGAACACGGACGUGGAGACUUUACGUCUUUGGCCCUGGUGAGGAGCAAACUUCACUACAGAUUUAACUGUGGCACAGGAGCAGCUCAGAUUGUCAGUGAGAGUCAUGUAGUUCUCGGUCAGUGGCACACAGUGACUGUCUUCAGGGACGGCAUGAGUGGUUGGCUACGCGUGGACAACGACACCCCCAUAUCCGGACGGUCAAAGGGCCAGUACACAAAAAUCACUUUCCGCUCACCCUUGUAUGUGGGGGGAUCCCCAAAUGCUUACUGGCUUGUACGUCCCACAGGGACAAAUUAUGGCUUUGUUGGCUGCAUUCAAAGUCUGACCAUCAACAACAAGGCCACAGACGUCAGACCCUGGCCUCUGGGCAGAGCACUAAGUGGAGCUGAUAUUGGUGACUGCAGUUACAGCGUGUGUGACCAGGUCAGCUGUUCCAAUGGUGGCGUCUGCUUUGCAAACCGUGCUGACGGCUACAUCUGCCUGUGCCCACUGGGCUUCAGGGGAGCUCUUUGUGAAGAGAGUUUCUCACUGUCUUCACCACUCUUCAAUGAGUCAGUUUUUUCAUACGCUGUCAUCCCCUGGCCCCUGGCCCCUCAAAGUUAUCUGUCUUUCACUGAGUUUGAGUUGACGUUUUGGCCCUCAACUCCCGAUGGGAUGCUGCUGUACAGUGACGAUGCAGGCAGUGGAGACUUUCUGGCUAUAAACCUGGUGGACAGAUAUGUAGAGUUCAGAUUUGACUGUGGCUCUGGAGGAGCUGUCAUAAGGAGUGAGGAGCCGAUCAGUCUGAACGCAUGGCAUGAGUUGAAGGUGUCCCGCACAGCGAAGAGUGGCAUCCUGCAGGUGGACAGUCAAAGGCCAAAGGAGGGGAUUGCUGAGGGAGCAUUCACUCAGAUCAGCUGCAGUUCUUCUCUUUAUAUCGGAGGUGUGCCUGAAUAUGAAAAAACAAAGAAGAGGGCAGGCGUAACAAAACCCUUCACUGGAGUAGUUCAAAAGUUGUCACUAAAUGAUCGCACCCUCCCAGUAACCAGCGCCUCUGCUGAUGGUGUAAAUGUAGCAAACUCUGUCCACCCAUGUGUCCAAAAUCCAUGUGCCAAUGGUGGAACAUGCAGACCGAGGUGGGACGAUUAUGAGUGUGACUGUCCCCUAGGGUAUGAUGGCAGGCAUUGCCAGAAAGCUGUGACUGAAGCCAUUGAGAUUCCACAGUUUAUUGGACGAAGUUACCUGACCUAUGAUAACAAAGAUAUCUUAAAGAGAGUUUCUGGAUCUAGGACCAACUUUUUUAUGCGGUUCAAAAGCACAGCUAAAGAUGGUUUGUUGUUGUGGAGAGGAGACAGUCCCAUGCGACCCAACAGUGACUUCCUGUCUAUGGGGCUUCAGGAUGGUGCUCUCAUUUUCAGUUAUAAUCUGGGCAGUGGGGCUGCCAACAUUGUUGUCAAUGGGACAUUUAAUGAUGGAAAGUGGCACAGAGUAAAGGCUGCAAGGGAGGGACAAUCAGGGAAACUAACAGUAGAUGACUAUGGAGCUAAGACAGGCAGGUCACCUGGGAAGAUGAGACAACUUAAUAUCAACGGACCUUUAUAUGUUGGUGGAAUGACGGAAAUAGCUCUUCACACAAACAGACAGUAUAUCGGUGGGCUGGUAGGCUGCGUGUCUCACUUCACGCUGUCCACAGAUUAUCACUUAGCACUCGUGGAAGAUGCUGCAGAUGGCAAGAACAUCAAUACCUGCUCCAAUUAAACAUCCAUGGACCCAAGCAGGCAGAGACGCUACAGUCUCAGUGAUGCACAGAGGGUUUGUGAUUUCCAGAUUUGCCUUGCUGGCAAAACAAAUGAGCACAAAGUGAAGCGUUAUAAUUGUGGUUACCCAAUGACAAACCCCAGGAGAAGGAAAACCAACAGAAGAUGACAAAAAACAGAUCCUGACUCACAGCAACAGCAAAAUCUAUGUGCUUUAUGAAGGGAGAGGAAUUGCUGAGCAUUCUGGAUAAUCAGUCUUUGAAAAGACCCAUGCAGAACCUUUUUUGGUUUGGAUGGGAUUCCAAUCUGACUUUUUGCCGCUGGAAUUUAACAUUCCGAGGGAUGGAGAGUUUGUGAAACAUGUUUUUCCUGACCUAUGACCUAGCGCUACGGAGCUAGAACAGUCUCCAUACACCAACAAGGGUUCACAAUUGUAUUUUGAAAAUUCACAAAUUUAUUUGGAAUAUUUACAAAUGCAUUUUGAAAAUUGAAAAGUGCAGGUGAAGAUAUUUGUUAGUUUUAUAAUGUGCUUUUCUUUUGUAAAUCUUCCUGCAUUUGUUUGUGGAUUUUUGAGACUAGUCUAGCACAGACCACAUUUUUUCUACAUGAGGCCCGUCAGCAGCUAAUCAGAUGUCUUGUUCGUUUGCAGCCAAUCACACAACUGUAUCCCCAUGAGGGGCCGUGUGUGACGUUGAUACACAGAUCCAUCUGUCAUAACAGAAAUUGCAUCUGGAAGCAGCAAUGGAGAACGUUUGGAUGUAACAUGAAUUUCGUACAAGGCUGAGUAAACAAAGCGUUUUAAAUUUACUUACACACAAGUAAGUUAGUUUCAUAAAAUAUAUUUUAUGUAACUAACUAAUGUAUUUUAUAAAACGAAUUAAAAUUUUACACAUACAUUUGUGAAUUUUCAAAAUACAUUUGUAAAUAUUCCAAAUGCAUUUGUGAAUUUCUGUUUGUGUAUUUAUUCUUUUUGACACACAAUGUCUGAACUUCAUUGUAAUUGGGACGUUGUGUUAAACGUAAAU